AUGUCGCAACCACAGCCACAAAUUCCAGAAGUUGGCGAUGAAUUCCCAACAGUAGAAAGCUUUAAAGAAGCAGCGCAGGAAGGUGCCAAGGCAGCAGGUUUUGCUUUUAGCGUAUCAUCAUCAAAAGUAUCCAGUGGUGGAAAGGGUGGUCACACUCCUUAUAUUAUAUUGCAAUGCACAAUGGAGAGUAAAUAUAGAAAUAACCAUAACAUCACUGAAGAAACUCGAAAAAGAAAGAAGCUCACAAAGUAUCAAAAUUGCUCUGUCAUGUUACAAGCUAUCUUAAAUGAGGAUACUAAAGUUUGGGUAAUAAAAUCUUCCAAAACUGAGCAUAAUCAUGAACUACUUCUUCCAUCCCAAGUUCAUUGCCUUCCUCAACAUCGGAGCCUCAGUACAGAACAAAAAGAGUUGGUUCAUAUUAUGCUUAAGAGUAGCGCAUCAACUCAGUCAAUUGCUGAUGCAAUACACUGGAAGAAUGGCACUAUAUAUACAAAAGAUAUAAUGAAUAAACGUGAUCGAAUAAAAAAUACUUUAAAUGAGGGUACAAAUCAUGAUACUACAGUGCGCUUUCUACAAAUGUUGGAUGAACGUCAGUAUAUAGUUCAUCAUGUAUUAACAAAAGAUGGCCACAUGUUAAACUUAUUUUUUACACAUAAUGAAGCAGCAUGUCAGGUAGCAAUAUGCCCAGAGGUGCUUAUGGUUGAUGCAACGUAUAAGACCAACAUAUAUAAGCUUUCUCUUAUAAAUGCUGUAGGUGUUAGUAAUGUUGGUGACUCCAAAGCUCUUAAUACAUAUACUAUUGCAAUGGCAUGGGUAUUAAAUGAGCAAGAACCCACAUACGAAUGGUUUUUACUUACUUUAAAAGAGACGAUCUAUGAUCUUUUUUCUUGUUCUCCAGAGGUAUUUAUUUCAGAUAGAGCCUUAGCUUUUCGAAAAGCAGCAGACAAGGUUUUUCUGGAAGCAAAAAAAAUGAUAUGCAUAUGGUAUAUGCUUGUGCAAAACUUACGAACUGCAUGUAGAAAAUUCUUUAACUCUGAUGAAAAUUACAAUGAACUUCUAUUAUCGAUCCAAAAAGUUGCUUAUGCUGAGAAAAUGAAUGAGGUUGAAAAGGCAUUUAAUGAGGUUAAUAAAGCAGCAAUGAAAAGUAGAGACCCAAAAUAUAUUCAAACUUAUUUUGAGGAAUGGAAAAAUGAUGCCAAAUGUUGGAUGCAUGUAUUUACUAAAAAUUAUCCGCAUAUGGGGAUCCAGUCGACACAAACCUUUGGUUUGAACAUUGUUUCUGCUAAUCCAUUUAUAUGUAAUAAUAUGAGAUUUGAGUUGUUGCUUGGAAAAAUUUCUAAAUGGGCAAUCGAUAAAAUCAAAAAUAAAGUAUGUGAAAUAGGAGAGAAUAAAAAUACAGAUAAUAGCCCUUGUGAUUGUAGUUUAAGAUUAAAUUAUAAAUUACCAUGCUGUCAUAUAAUUCCACAGACAGGACCUAUUCCACUUGCUCUUGUGCAUUCUCGCUG